AUGACCGACCUCCUCCCUUGCCUUCAGUCUCCUCGACCUCCCACACAGAGUGUCGACUUCUGGCUUCUGGAUGCGGACGGGUGGCACCGUCACCGUCAGGCGUUGACUAGCGACAUUACGUCGGAGCCGGCCGGAGACUACGUUGGCAUCACCCGCACCGUCUCCUGCGGCUGCGAGACGCUCCUCUCCAACGAGGCGGGUAUCGUGAACACCGGCACGAUCCUGAUCUACAUCCCGAGCUCCGCAUACAACCGCUACGUCUCCGCGACCGACGCUCGACGAUAA